AUGAUAGCCAUGGAAGGUAAAGCACUCACAUGGUGGUAUCAAUGGUGCGGAUUUUGUUCCCCCUCACCAUCUUGGGAUGAUUUCGAGGCUGGCACUCAACACCAAAACAACGUCUAUAACUGCCACCCAGAGACAUCUAACCCAAAGCGUAAGACUUUCACUAAAGGUUAUCCUUCUUACCGCACUGUUACAUGGGACUCCAACAACAAGGCACUCAACACCAAAACAACGUCUAUAACUGCCACCGCAGAGACAUCUAACCCAAAGCGUAAGACUUUCACUAAAGGUUAUCCUUCUAACCGCACUGUUACUUGGGACUCCAAGUACAAGGCACUCAACACCAAAACACUUUCACUAAAGCUCCAAUCAGGUCCUCCCUUAGAUGAAACGUCAAUUGCUUACAUUCUUCGUGACUUGUUGCAUGCUGUCGAUUACCUACAUAGUGAAGGAAAAAUCCAUAGAGACAUUAAAGCUGCAAACAUUUUAUUGUCUGAGAAUGGUGAUGUAAAGGUUGCAGAUUUUGGUGUUUCUGCACAGUUGACAAGGACUAUAUCAAGGAGAAAGACAUUUGUAGGAACACCAUUCUGGAUGGCGCCUGAGGUUAUUCAGAACACAGAUGGAUAUAAUGAGAAGGCAGAUAUCUGGUCACUGGGGAUCACUGCAAUUGAGAUGGCAAAGGGGGAGCCUCCACUUGCUGAUCUUCAUCCCAUGAGGGUGCUUUUCAUCAUACCCCGAGAAAACCCUCCGCAGUUAGAUGAGCAUUUUUCUCGCCCCAUGAAAGAAUUUGUUUCUUCAUGUUUGAAGAAGGUUCCGGCCGAGAGGCUAAGUGCUAAGGAACUUCUCAAAGACCGUUUUAUUCGGAAUGCUAGGAAGAGUACAAAGCUUUUGGAAAGAAUAAGUAGGGAGCGUCCAAAAUUCCAACUUAAAGAAGACCUGGAGACACCUAGAAAUGGCUCAAGAGGGAUUGGUGAAGGAUCAGAUACUAUGAAAGUCGCAAGAGAUUUUAGAGUUGAAGAAAAUAAUCGACCUAGCAGUCAGGUUAAAACCCUGAAAAGUUCUGAAUGGGACUUUAGCAUUGGUGAAUCAGAGGGUACUGGAACCUUUCGAAGUGUUUCACGGCCGCCUCAGUCUAGAGAUAAGAAAACAGAUGUUUUAUAUAAUCAGCUUACCCAAAAAAAAGCUCCAGACGCUGGUUAUCAAGGGGGGUAUGCCAAUAGAAGUGCAGCCAAUCAAUCACUUGAAAAAGAUCUUAGAGCUCCUUACCAUCACGAGCACCCGGAUAAUCAGCUUGAAGAUGAUGAAUUAUCUGGAUCUGGAACUGUUGUUAUACGCUCUCCCAAAGGAAUAUCAAGGCCAUCUGUGUUUCGUGACCAUAGCUCCCAGGAUGAAUUGUCUGAGAAUGGAUCAGGAACUGUUGUUAUUCGAUCUCCAAAAGGAUCAAAGCCAUCAGUGUUUCGUGAUCAGAGCUCCCAGUCCAGCAGUAGCUAUGCUUCUUUUGAAGAUACUUCUACUAGUGGAACCGUUGUUGUACGUAGCCAGCAUGAUGAUUCUGAUUCUCCACGGACUCCAAGGUCCCGACUAGGACUUCAUGACAGAAGUUCAAAUGCCUCACUUGAAGAUAGUGCUGCAAACCUAGCCGAGGCAAGGGCUGCUAUCCAAGGAGGGUUAAGAAAAGUGAAUGCUCGGGAGAGACAUCCUCGAGGGAAAAUCAAUACCGAUGUACAGGAAAGUAAAAGAGAACAAAUGACCAGCAGCACUGAUUCUUCCAGAUCAUAUCGUGAAUAUAUUGAUGCACAAAGGGGCAAUGUAAGAUCGCAUCAUGCCAGUGAUGAUGAAGAGAGUGCUAGAACAAUAUCAUCGUCAGCGACAUUAUCAAGUUUGCUUAUUCCUUCAUUAAAAGAGGCUGUUGCUGAUGAUCCAGAAGGGCAAAUCGUGCGGGCAGUUAUCAAUUCUUUAGUAAACAUGGAGGGCACUAAGCCUAGAUCCUCUGAUGUUCUUGUAAAACAAUUGCUUCAGAGAUUAGCAAGUUCGAACAAAGAUUCAUUGAAGGACCUGAAAGGACUGGCAAGCCAACUAUUCAGCAAAGGCAAGUCAGCGGAAGAAACGCUAAAUGCAGAGGCUGAUAACAGAAGGAAACAGCAUAACAAGGAACCUCAUCCAAAUAGCAACUUAAGCCCUCUUGCAAGAUUUCUUCUAUCAAGAUGGCAAGGCCAAACUUCGCGGGAUCUAAACCAAUCUUGA